AUGGGAAUUUUUAAUUCCGAAGGUCUAUAUGAUUUAGAGGCUACACUACAUUUUAUCAAGACAACGAUCCACGAUGAUUACACACAAGUUCAAAAAAUUGCUACACUAUGCGAAAAAGACCAAGAUGUGGAGUCAUCGGACUACAUCCAUCAUUCGAUUAUGUCUGAAUGCGCUGAUAAGUUUGGGGUCACAGAUCAUGACUAUAGAACAGCAUUAACAUCAGGUGAUGUGGACGCCAUCGAUCCAUGUUUUUGGAGCUGCUGCUUCAAGGGCACUGGAGUUUUUAAUGCCGAAGGUCUAUAUGAUUUAGAGGCUACGCUACCUUUUAUCAAAACCACGUUCCACGAUGAUAAUUACAAGCAAGUUCAAAAAAUUGCUACACUAUGCGAAAAAGUCGACGAUUCGAAGGAGAAAGAAUCUGUCAGCACCAUGACGUCCUCAAGUGUAGUUUGGUGUGCAGUGAUUUGCAUUAGUACUGUGUUUGCGUGGUAUGACGAGCCUUACAAUAAAAAAGGCUUCGACGAAUGCAUUGAAAAAUUUCAUGUUCAACCUAGAGAGAAAGGUUCAUUUCAGAAACCUGACAUAUCUUCCGUCGAUCCUUGCUUUUGGGCUUGCGGUUUCAAGAUAUUGGGCUUCCUUGAUAGCGAAGGUCAAUACGAUCUGGAGACUACACAUUCUCAUUAUAAAAAGGAAAAUUUAUCAUAUCUGGGUGAAAAACAGGAAAAAGUUGAAGAAAUCAUAGAACAGUGUGAUGCAGAGGGAGGCGGCCAGCGUGAGGGAGCAAUCCUCCUUCUCACGCCCCAGCCACCGCAACAGGCGACACUACAGGAGUCAGGGAUCAAGGGACGAUCUCCGGCCACCGCAGGUGAGGAUGCAAAUUCGGUUUUCCAAGGAGCUAUAAAACCGUUGAUAGCCGAGUGCGCAAAAGAAUAUAAACUCAGUGAUGAGGAGCUUCUGAAAAACAGGGGUCUGGCUGGACUUAGCAAUUUACCUCCUUGCUUCAUAGGCUGUGUACUCAAGAAAUUUGAUAUUAUAAACGAUAAAGGUUUAUAUGACGCAGAGGCGGGCAUAGCCAAAAUAGAGAAAUUAUUGCCAAAUAACGAAUUUUUAGAUAAAAUAUCUGGAGUUUUGAAAAGUUGCGAGUCAGCAAACGAGAAAUCUGUCGGAGACGGAGAUGCUGGGUGCGAGAGAGCUGUCCUGGUAGCCACCUGCUAUUUGGAGCAUAAAACUGCUGUCAUUGCCUAAGCAGCGUCAGGACUCAUAUGGAU